UGUUCAAAGUGCCAUCCAACACUCAAAUAAAAUAAAAAAUCGUGUGCAAAAAUUAAAUGUAUCUUGGCAAAGUAACAACAUUCGAGUUUGAUCCAUUUGCAUUUGUAUCAAUACAUAUAUAUACACAAUACGUGAAGUUUUCAUCAAACAAAUAUUUGUCAGUUUCAUGUUUGUGUGUUGCUUGACUACUCCAAAGUUUUCAUCAUCAGUUUGUUAAAAAGUGAUCUACAGUAACGAGUACAUAAGAACUAAAAUCUACUUUUAUAAAUCUAAUUAAUAAAUAAAACCUUGGUAAUUAAAUAGAAAAUAUACAAAUUAAAAAAAUAUAGAUUUAGUGAAAGGUAAAAAAUAAAAAACAUUCAGGAGAGACUAUCACCUAGAUAGAAAAAAAAUUGACGAUUAGUUUUCAUUCAGUGCUUGUGUGACAAACGACGUAUCAAUAUGAAGGACAUUAAAUCUCAGAUUAAAAACAAUGGCUAUGUUGUACUGGAAAAUUAUUUUACAUCUGAUGAAGUUGAUGAGCUUAAAAAAUGUGGUGAAGAAUUGACAAAUAAUUUACCACCAGAAAAUGAAAGAAAAAUAUUUAGCACAGUUGAUAGAUCACAGAGUAAAGAGAUGUAUUUUAUUGAUUCGGCAAAUAAAAUAAGUUAUUUUUUUGAAAAAGAUGCACUUGAAGAAAAUGGAAAGCUCAAAGUUGAUCCACGAGUUGCUUUAAAUAAGGUUGGACAUGCACUUGGCUGGCUUCAUCCAACAUUCAAGCAAAUAACAUUUGACGAAAGAAUAAAAGAAGUUGCAUUUCAAUUGGAUUUUCAAGAGCCAGCACUUUGUCAAUCCAUGUAUAUUUAUAAAAAUCCUGGUAUUGGAUCAGAAGUAAGUGUUCAUCAAGAUGCAACAUAUCUUUAUACCGAGCCACAAAAGUUGUUGGGUUUUUGGAUAGCUCUAGAUGAUGCAACACUUGACAAUGGUUGUCUUUGGAUUGCACCAGGAUCUCAUAAGAGUGGUGUUCAUAGAAGAUACAUACGAAAUAAAGAUCCAAAUUCAAAAGAUUUAAUUGUUUUUGAUAAAUCACAACCGUGCUAUUCGGCUGAUAGUUUUAUAGCUGUACCAGUUAAAAAAGGAUCAUGUGUUAUACUUGAUGGACAAGUUGUUCAUUAUUCAAAACCAAAUAAAUCUGAUGCAUCACGACAUGCAUAUACUUUUCAUAUUAUCGAAACAAAACAUGUUACAUAUUCUAAAGAUAAUUGGCUACAACCACCAAGUGCUGGUUUUCCUCUUAUUUAUCGUAAUUAAUUAUUUAAUAAAAAGAAAAAAAAAUAUAUUCUACCUCUGUUUUUUUUUUUUCUAAAUUAAAUAAUUAACAAUUUUUUUUUCAUCAUUUAUUUAUAACAAACUUUUUUUUUAUAUAUAUUAUGAGUUGAUAAUAUAUGUUGUUAACAAUUAUAUUUUUUUUUUUUCUUCAAAGUGAUAAAUAAAAAUGUUAAGAAAAAUUAAAAAAUAAGAAAAAUUAUAUACGUAUUAUUUUGUGAUUUCUUUUUUUUAGUAAUAAAAAUAAAUAAAUAUUUUAUCGAUCGGC